GUGAUAGUUAACCUACCGAACUAUGGCAGAAUGUUUUUUUUGUAAACAUCCCAUUUUAUUUUCAUAAAUUAACAUUUGCUUGUUUAGCAAAGAGUACCUCGACGGUUAAACAUUAUUGUUUAUCCGCUCCACACACACUACCUCUGCAGAAAUGAAAUAAUGGUGGUUUAAAAUGUGAUGUUACAAAAAAUGUUUAAGUUAUUUAUUUAAAGAUUGGUUUUAUGUUGUUUUACUAUGUCACUUUCUGGUUCAGAAAGUAGUGAACAUCUCAGUGGAGAUUCAGUUCAUGGUUUCGUUACGGUGAUUCCUGUAGAUUAUUCAAGGCAUAGAGGAUUUUUGCAACCACCAGAUCAGUAUAGUGAUUUCAAAUCUAAAGACUCUGACCACGACCGUAUUGAUUGCUUACCCUGUGUAAAGUACAGUCAAAUUGAUGACGUAAACCUGGGAUAUAAACCUAUUAAUUCAUACGACAACCAUACAAAUCAUUCUGAUUGGGACAAUGUUCAAAAAGUUAAUUCAGUGAACGAACAAUCCAAUUUGUUUGAACAAACAUAUCACAACAUGAAGGUGUGCGUAUACAUGAUGACGGAUUUGGCUUUACGAAUGGAAAUAGAAGAUGGAACUAACGCUACGGUUCAAGAUUUAGUACAAAGCAUUACUCAAGAAGAACAGUUGCGUUUGCCUAGAGUAGCUUCCACCAUAUUCACACUUUGGAUGUCUUCUGGAUUACUAGAAUUACAACUGAAACCUCAUCACAAGCCCCUUCACAUAAGAAAUAAGUGGCCAGUACUUCUAGCUAAAUAUGCUCACGCUUCAGAAUCCAGACAAAGAAGAGACGAACCUGUUUUAUCAUUCAAGCGAAAUGUCUUUUAUCCUUUAAACCAAGAAGAGAGAAUCAAAGAUGAAAAAAUUUUGGAAUUGCUGUAUGCCGAAGCAAAAUAUAAUAUUUUGGAAGGACGAUACCCUUGCGAUGUGACUCAGUAUAUAAUGCUCGGUAGCAUACAAGCAAGAAUAGAACUUGGUCCUUACAAUCCGCAGUAUCACACUCUGCAUUUCUUCAGAGAGCAACAAAGCCGCUUUUUACCUUCUCAUAUUAGAAAUAUGAGUUGGAAUUCCUGUUUAAGACUGAACAGUAAGGAUGCUCCUGAAGUGAGACUUUUGGAACAAUACAGAAGAUUGCCUGAUAGGAAAUUACACAAGAAGUAUUUAGAAUUUUGUUGGACGCUUCCAUAUUAUGGUUCGGCAUUUUUCCAAGGACAGAUCGAACAACCAGUGAGAGGUCUAAAGUCUCUUAUCACACAUCAAGAUAUUCCGGUUUUAGUGGGAAUAAAUGGGCGUGGAGUAUAUAUUAUCAAUAAUAUUCAUUACACUCUUCUUGUUGGAUUGAAGUAUGAAGAAUUAUCAUGGGAUUUUGCAAAGCCUUCCCAAGAGGAUAACCCAGACUGCCUUCCAUGUCUUUUCCUUCAGUUUCGAGUUGUUGAAAAUGGAACGAAAGUAUCGAAAAUUCUUCAAAUAUUUUCCAAACAAGCUGUCAUGAUGGAUGCCUUAAUAACUGGAUUUGUUGAAGAAUUGAAAUUGAAAUUGUCUUCAAACACAAUCCCGAAUAACAAUAUUGAUCGAUCAACCACGAUAUUUGAUAAUAAUUUAAAUAUUGAUGGUGCAGCUACAAGAAAUGACUCUUCUCCCAGUUUUCUGACUAAUAAACUAAGAAAACUCACUCUGGCUACAUUUGAUGAAGAAGGUCGCUGCAUAGGACAAAUGGGAUCUUGGUCCUUCAGUUACUGAUACAUAGAUAAAAAAAUAAAGCAACAUUCCUUGUAACACUGUAAAUAAAGCAAAAAUGCCCGCUCACAUGCUUCAAAUUAAAAAAUGUAAUUAUAUUGUAAAUACUUACUUUGGAUUUCUGUAAGUAUAAUAAUGAAAUAAAAUUAACAUAUUUUUAAUUCCCCAAUAUGCAUCUUUGUCCCAUCCUGCCAAUUAUCAGAUACUCAACUCUUUGUAUAAGAUAACAAGAAUUUGUGUUUGGAGGUAUUUUAUUUAAAAAUUU